CAGCGACAUGCGCAGCACACUGACAGGGCCUUGCAUUAGGUCACUCACUCACUCACUCACAGCCUACCUUCCACCUUCACUGCGCAAACGGAUCGCCUGUGUUCUGGGCUUCUUUGAACUUCCACUCUCUCGCUUUCUCUGUCACACGUCAUUUCCGAAUCAACCAUCGCGAGACGACAGUAUUAAGAAACAAUGGCGGUUGCUCAGGUGCCCCGCAACUUCAAGCUUCUCGCUGAGCUCGAGAAGGGCGAGAAGGGAAUGGGCGCAGGUGCGUCUUCUUUUCCAUGUUGGCGAUGCGUUAUGAAUGCUGGACUGACGAUACUGGUGAUCUGCUUCAUCCGAUAUACAGGUGCCUGCUCCUACGGCCUCGAAGACCCCGAGGACAUCCUCAUGACCCACUGGACUGGUACCAUCUGGGGCCCCCCGCACGGCAACCACGAGAACCGCAUCUAUGAACUCAAGAUGGAGUGUGGCGCCAACUACCCCAAAGAGCCCCCCGUCAUCCACUUUGUUAGCCAGAUCAACCUUCCCGGUGUCAGCCAAACCGACGGCCGCGUCGACCCCAACUACGUCGGCAUCCUGCGCGACUGGACUCGCAUCUCCGCCGAGCUUUCGAGAAACCCCCGCCCGAAAGAGGAUCCCUUGAGCCUCGAGGCUGCUCUUAUCGCCAUUAGAAAGUAUAUGGAAGAGCACAAGAAGCUCCCGCAGCCUCCCGAGGGCUCCAAGUACCCCAUGUACAAGUAAACAUCUACCGGUACCGGAUAGAAGCAACAGGUUCUUAAUACAUUUUGGCGCAUGUUCAUAUCAUGUUCUGGUGUUUGGGGUUUUGUUAUGGGAGCUAGGGAAGCAUUGUACAAUUCGUAUGCAAACCAAAGUUAUGACGCUUUACCACAGCGGUGACCGUCGUCUCGACGACCAUGCGAAUCGUUCAAAGAGGCCGUAACAUGCUGAACGUGUCUGGCGGUUUCCACGUACAUACAGGCACUACAACAGUCGGCAAAUAGGUACAGCCCACAGAGUUUGGAAGCAUAGGGAACCAUCAUGAUACACUUGCCAAGAUCGCUAAAGCAGACGAGCAUAAAGAGAACUUUCUUUGUCCUUUCCAGUAAGAAAAUACGCAGCGCAACUUUACAAGUAGUGUUG